CGCCGCGCGACUGGCGGCGGCUGGGACCGGAGAUCCCGGCUAGGGUCCAGUAUGUCUUCUCUUCGAAAGCAGGUGUUUACUGAGAGAGUGCUGAAGAAACUUUUCCCUAAUGUUUCAAGUGGUCAAGAGAAGGGAACUCCUCAGACUCCAGCUUUGGAGACACCAUCCAAGGAUGUGACCCCUGAAGCAGUACAGCAGAAGGAUGUUCACAGUCUGACGGAUGGGGACAUUAAGAUCCAGCCUGACCGUCGUCGGCUCUACACUGUGAGUUUGCCUCCUCAAGGGUAUAUCCCCUGUUUGCCCGAACCGACCAGCUGUGCGGCUUCUGAGAAUGCCUCCAGUGGUGGUGAUACAGAAGAUCUGGAACUUCCUGAGCAACCAAAAAGACGAAGAAUUAGAAGACACAAAUCAAAGAAGAAUAUUACAAACCUCAGUGACGUUAUUGUAAGGCAAACCGAACUAGAGACACAAGAGAAAAUGCACCCACAGCAUCCUGACGCCCCGGCCAUGAGCAAAAAUAAAAGAAGAAAACUGAAGACGAAGCUGCGGCUUAGGAGAAAGAGAGAAGCCGGCCUAGCCACCAAGGCCUCUGGGGUCAGCUUCACCUACCAGCCCGAGAGCAGCGACGAGGUAGAGGCGGAGGAUGAUGUGGGAGGAGAGGAAGAAGGUGAUCCGGAGCGCUUGGUCGCAGACAUCACCCAGGACGACAUUGAGCUGGCCAGCAGCAGGGCAGAGGGCGUACUGAGUUUUCUGAAGUCAACACAAGAAAUUUAUUUCUACGAUGAUCCUCCCAGAGACGAUCCGGCUGUGUGCCUAGAAGCCUCUGAAGAGCUGCUUCACCUCCUCGAGUCUGGAAGCAUGCCUCCCGCAGACGUGCUCGUCCUGGACCACAUGAAAACCCUGCUGCUUCUGCAGGACACUGAGAGACUGAAGAGCGCCCUGAAGAUGUUCCCAGAUCACUGUACGAUGCCGCCAGACCAUGCCAAGAUAAUCACAGCCUUCUUUAAUUAUUGGAUCACGCAGAUUCUUCCUGAAAAAAGCAUCGAGUAAGAUCAGCAUCACUUAAGUAGAGCCGUCAUUCAACACGAAGGUGUUGGUUACGCAUAGGACUCGAACUCAGACUUCAUGCUUGUACAUAUAUAUGUAUUUAUUAUUUUUGGUGAAUCAAACACUGGAGACAUUGAAGACAUUUCUACCACAUUAUUUAUUUCUGUGUUUGUAUAUCUUAGGUAAGGUAUCACCUGAGACUUUAAGUGAGAAAUUGGGAUAAAAUGAAAGCAGUUUGCUUGCUUACUGUUACGAUGUAUAUAUUGAAUUACUUCAUGAAGCUAGAUCAUUUUUUCAUGUCUGUAACAAAAGCAGAUAUUUUGUUAAAUAAACUAUAUAGUUUGGAGUUAUCAUAUCUGUGAUAAGAUUAUAAAUCGCCUUGUGUGUGAGAACCCAGUGCCCAGGGAGGUGGCCCGACAUGUAGAAACACUGGCUAUGCAGUAUGAUGUCUGGGGUUUGACCACUGAAACCCAAUGCUGUUGUGACAGCACACAUCUGUAGUGCAGUCCCAGUACACCCAUGGCAAGAGGGGAGGCAGAGAUGGGAGAAUUUCCUAGAGGUUCACCAGCCAGCUCCCCGAAGCAUCAGCGCAGCAGCAGAGGCCUCGAGAAGGGGAAGGCAGGAACCUGCUCCUGAAAGUUAUUCUCUGGCAUCCACCGGGGCAGGUGUGUACGCGCACUC